AUGACACAGAAACACUUGGAUGACGAGCUGGAGAAGCUUCAGGAGCACAGUCUGCAUCAACCUCCAGCACAGUCUGCAUCAACCUCCAGCACAGUCUGCAUCAACCUCCAGCACAGUCUGCAUCAACCUCCAGCACAGUCUGCAUCAACCUCCAGCACAGUCUGCAUCAACCUCCAGCACAGUCUGCAUCAACCUCCACCACAGUCUGCAUCAACCUCCAGCACAGUCUGCAUUAACCUCCACCACAGUCUGCAUCAACCUCCAGCACAGUCUGCAUCAACCUCCAGCACAGUCUGCAUCAACCUCCACCACAGUCUGCAUCAACCUCCAGCACAGUCUGCAUCAACCUCCACCACAGUCUGCAUCAACCUCCAGCACAGUCUGCAUCAACCUCCACCACAGUCUGCAUCAACCUCCACCACAGUCUGCAUCAACCUCCACCUCCACCACAGUCUGCAUCAACCUCCACCACAGUCUGCGUUCACAUCCACCUCCACCACAGUCUGCGUUCACAUCCACCUCCACCACAGUCUGCGUUCACAUCCACCUCCACCACAGUCUGCAUCAACCUCCACCACAGUCUGCAUCAACCUCCACCUCCACCACAGUCUGCGUUCACAUCCACCUCCACCACAGUCUGCGUUCACAUCUACCUCCACCACAGUCUGCGUUCACAUCCACCUCCACCACAGUCUGCAUCAACCUCCAACACAGUCUGCAUCAACCUCCACCACAGUCUGCAUCAACCUCCACCACAGUCUGCAUCAACCUCCACCACAGUCUGCAUCAACCUCCACCACAGUCUGCAUCAACCUCCAACACAGUCUGCAUCAACCUCCACCACAGUCUGCGUUCACAUCCACCUCCACCACAGUCUGCGUUCACAUCCACCUCCACCACAGUCUGCGUUCACAUCCACCUCCACCACAGUCUGCGUUCACAUCCACCUCCACCACAGUCUGCAUCAACCUCCAACACAGUCUGCAUCAACCUCCACCUCCACCACAGUCUGCGUUCACAUCCACCUCCACCACAGUCUGCAUCAACCUCCACCACAGUCUGCGUUCACAUCCACCUCCACCACAGUCUGCAUCAACCUCCAACACAGUCUGCAUCAACCUCCACCACAGUCUGCAUCAACCUCCACCACAGUCUGCAUCAACCUCCACCACAGUCUGCAUCAACCUCCACCACAGUCUGCAUCAACCUCCAACACAGUCUGCAUCAACCUCCACCACAGUCUGCGUUCACAUCCACCUCCACCACAGUCUGCGUUCACAUCCACCUCCACCACAGUCUGCGUUCACAUCCACCUCCACCACAGUCUGCGUUCACAUCCACCUCCACCACAGUCUGCAUCAACCUCCAACACAGUCUGCAUCAACCUCCACCUCCACCACAGUCUGCGUUCACAUCCACCUCCACCACAGUCUGCGUUCACAUCUACCUCCACCACAGUCUGCAUCAACCUCCACCACAGUCUGCGUUCACAUCCACCUCCACCACAGUCUGCAUCAACCUCCAACACAGUCUGCAUCAACCUCCACCACAGUCUGCAUCAACCUCCACCACAGUCUGCAUCAACCUCCACCACAGUCUGCAUCAACCUCCACCACAGUCUGCAUCAACCUCCAACACAGUCUGCAUCAACCUCCACCACAGUCUGCGUUCACAUCCACCUCCACCACAGUCUGCGUUCACAUCCACCUCCACCACAGUCUGCGUUCACAUCCACCUCCACCACAGUCUGCGUUCACAUCCACCUCCACCACAGUCUGCAUCAACCUCCAACACAGUCUGCAUCAACCUCCACCACAGUCUGCAUCAACCUCCACCACAGUCUGCAUCAACCUCCACCACAGUCUGCAUCAACCUCCACCACAGUCUGCAUCCACCUCCACCACAUUCUGCGUUCACAUCCACCUCCACCACAGUCUGCGUUCACAUCCACCUCCACCACAGUCUGCGUUCACAUCCACCUCCACCACAGUCUGCGUUCACAUCCACCUCCACCACAGUCUGCGUUCACAUCCACCUCCACCACAGUCUGCGUUCACAUCCACCUCCACCACAGUCUGCAUCCACCUCCACCACAGUCUGCAUCCACCUCCACCACAGUCUGCGUUCACAUCCACCUCUACCACAGUCUGCAUCCACCUCUACCACAGUCUGCAUCCACCUCUACCUCUUCCACAGUCUGCGUUUCACAUCUACCACAGUCUGCGUUCACAUCCACCACAGUCUGCGUCCACAUCUACCUCUUCCACAGUCUGCGUUCACAUCUACCACAGUCUGCGUUCACAUCCACCACAGUCUGCAUCAACCUCCACCACAGUCUGCGUUCACAUCCACCUCCACCACAGUCUGCAUCCACCUCUACCACAGUCUGCGUUCACAUCCACCUCCACCACAGUCUGCGUUCACAUCCACCUCCACCACAGUCUGCGUUCACAUCCACCUCCACCACAGUCUGCGUUCACAUCCACCUCCACCACAGUCUGCAUCAACCUCCAACACAGUCUGCAUCAACCUCCACCACAGUCUGCAUCAACCUCCACCACAGUCUGCAUCAACCUCCACCACAGUCUGCAUCAACCUCCACCACAGUCUGCAUCCACCUCCACCACAUUCUGCGUUCACAUCCACCUCCACCACAGUCUGCGUUCACAUCCACCUCCACCACAGUCUGCGUUCACAUCCACCUCCACCACAGUCUGCGUUCACAUCCACCUCCACCACAGUCUGCGUUCACAUCCACCUCCACCACAGUCUGCGUUCACAUCCACCUCCACCACAGUCUGCAUCCACCUCCACCACAGUCUGCAUCCACCUCCACCACAGUCUGCGUUCACAUCCACCUCUACCACAGUCUGCAUCCACCUCUACCACAGUCUGCAUCACCUCUACCUCUUCCACAGUCUGCGUUCACAUCUACCACAGUCUGCGUUCACAUCCACCACAGUCUGCGUCCACAUCUACCUCUUCCACAGUCUGCGUUCACAUCUACCACAGUCUGCGUUCACAUCUACCACAGUCUGCGUUCACAUCCACCACAGUCUGCAUCAACCUCCACCACAGUCUGCGUUCACAUCCACCUCCACCACAGUCUGCAUCCACCUCUACCACAGUCUGCGUUCACAUCCACCUCCACCACAGUCUGCGUUCACAUCCACCUCCACCACAGUCUGCGUUCACAUCUACCUCUACCACAGUCUGCUAGGUGUUGAUGUGAAGCAGUUUGAGGAUGGGGUAAAUGACAGCUUGAGUCUAUCGUGGCCCCGCAGCCGCCUCCCUCACGGCAGCUGCACACACUCACCGAGAAGAGGACGUCCACGAUGUGAGGAUAGAGGAUCAGUGGCUGCGCUUUACAACCCUGGAUUCCUCCUCCAUCCAUCAUCUGCUGUGAGGGUCCUGUCAGCCUCAGCACGGCUCCUCCCAGAGCGCCUUCACUGUCGGCAGCUUUCAAAUGUUCAAAGACGACUGUUUUUGGCUUUCAUCGCUUCUAAAGUUUAA